CAUAUAAAAUGGGCAAUAAGUCCCCGGAUGCUUAUCAUUGUUACGAAGAAGCUUUGCAAACGACACGCGUCGGUCUAUUUUUCAUCAUUGCGAGAAUGUGUAAUACAAAUACAUGGCAAGCCCCCUUAUGGCUGGACAAUGCCUAUUUGGAAAAAGUCCUUCGAAGUUAUCUCAAGGAUGACAAUGUGACCAUAGUCGAUGUGAAUAUAUGCCCAGUCAAUCCGAACGGAGAAAAUUAUGCCAGUGUUAUGAGUCGCAUCAAAAUAACUUUUAAACAGUUUAAGAAUCAAGAAUCUCAGCAACUGUCAUUCAUCCUUAAGUACUCUUACGAAAGUGAUGCUUAUGUGGCCAACAUUAUGAAUAGCUAUGAUGUCUACAACACCGAAAUGAAAAUGUACGAACAGAUUCUACCACAACUGGCUAAAGUUCUACAGGAAUCUGGUGAUAUGAACAAACUAUGUGCCGACACCUUGAAGGUGGACUAUGAGAGGUCAACUAUCAUUUUUGAGGAUUUAUCAGUGCAAAACUAUGUGAUGGCCAAUCGCCAAAGGGGCCUUGAUAUGCUGCAUGCUUCAAUGGUAAUGAAAAAAUUGGGAAAAUUUCAUGCUGCCGGUGCUGUGCUCAAUGAAAAACGAAAUGGCACUUUGCAACAAUUCGAUCAUGGCAUAUUUAAUCGACACAGCCGGUCAUUUGGAUGCAUUUUCGAAAAUUUCUGUUUAGAGGUAGCGAAUUUUGCCAAAGAUUCUCCUGAUUUGGGUAUCUAUUACCAUGACAAACUCACUAAGUUAUCUAACCAUAUUGUGGAUUAUGGAAUCAAGGCAUAUACCGCAAAUCCCCACCACUUUUAUACGCUGAGUCAUGGUGACCUAUGGACCAACAAUAUUAUGAUGCGUUAUGACAAAGCCAAUGAAGCUGAGAGCAUUGGCACGAAAAGGGUCUUGAAGGAUAUCAUGUUCAUUGAUUUCCAAUUGUGUAAUUGGUCCCUGGCGGCAGUUGAUUUGCAUUAUUUCUUCAAUACUUCUUUGGAGUCAAACUUGUUGAUGGAUUCAAUAGCUCAAGCAAAUCUGGUACAACUCUAUCACUCAGAGUUAAGUGAUACUCUAAAGAAACUAGGCUAUGAUGGACAUAUACCUACUCUACGUGAAAUUUGGAUGCAACUUGAGGAAAGUAAAAUUCUAGCACUAAUUGGAGUUAUAGCACAACGCCCCAUUAUGACCUCCAGUCAGUCGGAUGACGCUGAUAUUCACAGCCUAUUGGAUGACGAUGAAAGGGCCAGGAACUUUCGCAAGAAUUGUGUGAACAACAAGGAUUAUCAAAUUAUUCUUAAGAAUAUGUUACCAGUAUUUGAUCGUCGGGGCCUUUUGGAUUUACAGAAAUAAAAAUUGGCAUGUAUAAGCAACCAGGGUUACCGAAUUGUAGCAAA